AUGAGCGGCAUAAAGGCGCGUGUUGCUGGCCGGUUCCGCAGCUCGUCUCUAUCAGCUGUCCCUCCUCCGCGGCAGAGUUCCGAGUACUCUGUCGACCUCGCCAAAGCUGCAGGCUCGAUUCUCUUCCGCUCGCCCCUGCCCUCCAAAGAAGGCAGACCUGUCUUCAUCCUCAACGCGGCAGCCCUCCCCGACUCCAACGAGGCCGACUACGACUCCCUGCUUCCCUAUGUUCUCGCGCGCCUGCCCGAAGAAGACGACUUGCUGAAGGGAUUCGAAUACGAGGUUGUCUUCUUCGCAGGCGACGGCGAUGGCUCGGCCACAUCCAAGAAGCGCAUGCCUGGCUGGGGCUGGUUCCUGCAGGCAUACCACGUGCUCUCGAGGGCGAUGCGCAAGAGGCUCCAAAGGCUUUACAUCGUGCACGAGAAGGCGUGGGUGAGGAUCUUGACUGAGAUCUUCUCGACCAUUGUGAGCCCCAAGUUCAGGAGGAAGAUCUACCACAUAACCAACUUGACAAACCUUGCUACAUACAUACCCAUCGAAAACCUCCUCAUACCCCCCUCGACUUACCUCACAGACCGCCGCACAUCCGACGACAUCUUCGUGCCCGAUGCGAGCGGCCGUAAAGCCUUUGCGGCGCGCAGGCCUUUUCCUACCAGCAGCAAUGGCAAGACCCGCUUUCCUCGCGUUCUGAGAGAGACAACAAGCUUCUUGCUUAUGGAGAAGAACGUCACAAGUGAAGGCCUUUUCCGCAUACCCCCACACUCGAAAUUGCGAGACGUGCUUAAGGAAGCGUACGACAGGGGCCAGAAGUACAUUGUCUGGAAGGAUAACGAAACUACCCUCCCAACCCCUCCAUACCCGCAAGCAGAACACCAGGAUGAAAUACUCGCCGAGGUACACCCCACAGAUGCCUACUCAGUCUUCAUGGCUGCAGCCUUGAUCAAGGCGUGGUACGCUAGCCUGCGACACCCUAUAUUCCCCCAUGAGUCGUAUCGCGAUCUAAAGAGGUUGUAUGGUGACCAUGAAGAUGUUCCCACUCUCGAACGGCUGACGGAUCUGUUUUCUCCAACAUCAGAGUGGUCUUUCUUACCUAGCAUGUCGCGUGAGAUCCUUGUGCGGCAUCUGCUACCACUGUUGAGCGAGGUGGCUGCGCAUCAAGAGCGAAACAAGAUGACAGCUGAGAAUCUGGCUGUCUGUUUUGCGCCAGCGCUCCUAUGUGGGCCCGACCAAAUCGAAGACGCCAAGAUGUCCUCCAUUAUCAGAAGGAUAUUCACACAAGCUAUCGAUCUUUGGCCACACGGUCUGCGGGAAGCAUGUGGUCAACAAGCGGAUGUGUUUUGGGAAGAGUUAAAAUUACCGGCUGACCGGAAUGAUUGGGAUGACCCAGUCGAGUCAAAAAAAGUAUCAACAGACGAUUCAUUGGACGAGCAGAUGAGCGGCAUCACUCUCCAUGACAACGAGAAGCUGCCCGAAGCAUACCCAGAACCGGUCGAUAACUCAUCUUCGCACGUACCGCCCCCCUUACCGCGUCGACCUGCAGGACAUUCGGUCAAGGGGUCAGAGGAUUUAACUAAGAGGAAGCCUGCACCUCCCCUACAAGGUCCGCCCAGAUACUCGACUGCUCUAUCCGACGCUUCCGAUGGCGCUGCAGCAUCGCCAGUAACUCAUGCAGCGACAGUAGACGGCUUUUUGCCCCGAAGAACCGACAACCCGGCACCACCCUUACCCACACGACCGGCUCAAGCGCCGGAUGAGAAGAAGUCUGGUAUGAGCGAUCCAGUUCCUAUUAUUGCUUCUAAGCCUGCUUCGUGGGGCGCGAAGGAUGAGAAGUCAUCUGCUGCGCCUCAAAUCAUUCUCCCAAAGAGAAAAGCCCUGACCGCCGCGCAGAUUGACAACGCAGAGAAAUCCACCGUCACGACUGAUGCAACGGGCAUGAUCCCGGGGUCGGGCACAAGUCGCCCCUAUCAGCCACAAGGCGGAAUGGCAUUGCCUGGACUGGCGAAUCUGCACAUCAGCACAGGUGAAAAUGCAAGAUGGAGACCUACUCCUCCUUCGACUUCGUACGCGCAGAACGAGACUACUUCUCCUAUUAGUGCUGUGUCUGCAUCCUCGUCAGACUUCAACUCCCCUCCUCCCGCGACAGGGUUUCGCCGUCCCAGCACCCCUGCUUCCGCUUCUGUCAACCGCACACCUACCAUCACAUCGCUCGCUCGGCCUGUCUACCCCCCCGCAUCCAUCCACCCGGUAACAACCCGCGUACAGUCCAAAGCGACAAGCCUCCCCGUGCCGCCCCCGAAACCUACUAGGAAUUUGAGCCCAGGACUGCUACGGCGGAUGCCGAGUUUCGAGACAAGCGCAAAAGAAGCGCCACCCCGAACAGAACGACUGGCGCCCAAGAAACUAAACCUCAAGAAGAACUCCGUGGAUGAUUUACGCCGGCUGUAUGAGGAGAGGGCAGGGACGGCGGAGGUGCUUGUUAAGUUGGGGAAUAGUGAGGGGAGGUGA